AUGUCCCUCUUCACUACGGCGCGAUGCGCACAACUCUCAUGCUCCCGGCGAGCUUUCUCGGUCUAUCACCGUCUCCGCUCCGCAUCUACAUCUACACCCGAUGCCUCCUCCAUUGCUGCCUCAUUCCUCUCUCGAUUUCAAUCCCUAGGCCCUCAAUCUCGCACCCAAAUCCUCGACGCCAACCAGCUCCAACUCCUCUCCCUAACCCUUAACCGCCCCUCUCUCUUCCCCGCCUCUCCCCCUCUUUCCAAUACAUCCCCCACUGUCUCCGUGCCCCAAAACACCCCCGUCCCCCCUGGCUACCACCUCGUCUACUUUACCCCUGCGUUUCUUGAGGAUGAGCUCGGUCCCGACGGUACUGACGUCUCGUAUAACCCGUCAGCGCCGUUCACGCGACGCAUGUGGGCCGGCGGCGAGGUACACUGGCCGCGCGGCGCAGAUGGGAACCCGAACCCUUUGCGCGUGGGUCAGGAGGUGCGCGAGACGACGAAGGUGUUGAGCGCGGAGCCAAAGGUGGUGAGGAAGACGGGCGAGGAGAUGAUCGUGGUUGGCGUGGAGAAGGAGUUUAGGAAUGAGUUUGGCGUGGCGGUUUUGGAUCGCAGAAACUGGGUGUUCAAAAAGGAAUUGACCGCCCCGGUGGCAUCGACCUCGUCUGCCUCGGCGCUGGAGGUCUCCUCCAAACCGGCCUUCUCGGCCACCACCGCAUCAGGGAACACGCAUACCCGCACCCUGAGGCAAACAGCCGUAACGCUGUUCCGCUUCUCUGCUCUCACCUUCAACCCGCAUAAGAUCCACUACUCAACGCCCUGGGCCAGGGACGUAGAAGGCCACAGGGACAUUGUGGUGCAUGGGCCGUUGAAUCUGAUCUCCAUCUUGGAUCUGUGGAGAGAUACGCGGUCUUCUGCAUCUAGUGCUGAUGGCGAUCUGAUUCUUCCGAAGAAGAUUGCUUACCGCGCGACGAGCCCGCUGUAUGCGGAGGAAGAGUACAGGGUAGUCUUGGAUGAGGAGCAGGGAGAUGGGAUGGCUCGGGUGAGGAUUCUGAGACCAGAUGGAGAGGUGGCUAUGAAGGCGGAGAUUUAUUAA